GAAAAUUUGACCUCGGAUACACUUCGGGAUAUGAUCGUUACGAAGCGCCAGCCUAGAAUCAUUUUAUAAUACGUACCGAAACACACAAGCUCAUGUAAACAACCUUAUUUGGCCAUUUCGAGUAUUUAGCUCGAGUUUUUUCGCCAGUAUCCGAUUCCUUUUGAUAUUAAAUCAAGUUGCAAAGCUUUAUUGAGGUUCUCUGUAGGUUCAAACAUAUCGUUUCGCACAAAAACAUGCCCCCGCAAAUUUACUUAUCGAAUGAUGAUUUUGCACUUUUUAGAUUAUUAAGCUAAAUACAGAUCCUACAACAGUAAUGUGAUCAAUUGUAGCGAGUGUUAUCUUUGUGAAAGAGAAAAGUAACUGGAAAUAAAUAUUUUCCGUUCCAGCUCUAAUUGAAAUCGAUUCAACCCGUUCAAUAUAAAACAGAGAAUUGAAGACCAUGUCAACAAUUGAGUCCAAUACUCUCCCGUGCGAAUCAGUUGAUGUCGACAACAGACAGAAAUCUCUACGGCAAGUAGAAAAGACAUUCCGACCGGUGACUGUCGCAAUGAAAUUCCUUGGUCUGUACUUUGGAAACCCAUAUUCUGGUGUCGAUCUAAAGGAGAACGCGGUUGCACCGUUGAAUGAGAACUGCGCCAGGACACGCGUAAGCUGGAAGGAGAAGUUUGGGAAGACCUACUGUCUGCUUGUGAGCCUUCUGCUCUAUGCUGGCUUCGCGUGUUCGCUUAGCUUCACAGUGCGCGGCGUCAGCUAUUCUUUCGUCGCAAGACGUUUGACAAUGGAUAUCUGGAUGUUAUGGUGCGCAUUACAAGGCACUGUCUGUAUCUUAUCAAUAUCCAGGAGAAAAAACGGCUCUAAGUUCUCAUCGUUCAUCAGGGCUCUAGCAUGUGCCGAUUCCAAUGGAUUUCCGCCACCUUCAAAGUUACCGAAGGUCAUCAUAACGAUUUCUAUUGCAACCGUCAUCUUUAACAAUGUGCUUUUUAUGGUCCUAUUGCAUUACAGCGGAGUAAGCAGUUCUUUCUUGUUUGUCCUGUUUGGCAACGAGAACAUGACGCUGGCAGGUCCUGAUGGUUGGGUUAUUGCAGUGUACCAAGUGACCCUGCCUUUUGCGACUUCAGCCUGGGCUUUUCCCAGUUGCUUCUAUAUGGUCACGUGUAUAAUUGUCGCAGAUAGGUUUUCUUUUUUGACCAAAAAGGCUCAGGAUGAGUUCAAAUCCACUAACCACAUCAACAUGAAACAACUUCGUCGAGAUCACUUACGACUUUGCCAUGCCCUGGAAAAACUUGAUGAGAUCAUCUCUCCCCUGGCUCUCAUAUCAUAUGGAUGCAGCAUUCCAGAGAUCUGUAUUGCCCUUGAUGUUACCAUUCGAAUGUCAAGGGAAGGGUAUUCUAUAUUUAUCAUCUCCGUCAUUAUCUUCUGGAGUCUUAUCAACAUUUCGAACACUAUAGUAACGUCACUUGCGGGUGCGCAUAUCAACAGCACGGCCCACAGUCUGACAAGUGUCGUGUAUGACAUUGACGUGGAUGAACUGAAAGACGGCGAAAAAACAGAACUGAUGCUGCUUUUAAACAAACUCAACACAGAAGUGAUCAGCCCAACGAUUGGAGGAAUUGUCCCAGUAACACGCGGAAUGCUACUGACUGUCUUUGGUACAAUUAUUGGCUAUCUUACCAUCCUUGUUCAGUUCAAGUAAAGCAAGAAAUGUUUGGACGUGACAAGCUGCAGCCUACUCUCUAAAGGCAGGAGAUUACAUCUCUGCUUUGUACAAUGACAAAGGAAUGUGUAAAGCUGUAUGUCUUUAUGCUUAUUGGCACCAAGUUGUCACAGCCUCGUCCCAAGCAUCUUUUGACCGCCCUCUAAUGUCACGCAUUAUAUGCGAUAAGCUAAAAUCAAACGUGACGUUAUUUACCGACAACCCGCCGUGUCAUUAGAAGACAGGGGACGGGGCUAUGGUGCAACAUUCGCUUUUUAAGAAGUCAAAAAAGGGACAACUACAUUCGCAAUUACUUACUUUUUUUGGGUUGUCUCACAGAAUAGUUCAACAUUACAGAAUAUGUGAAUUUUAAAGACAACUUGGCAUAAAGAGAUAAACUGGGAAACUUAAUUAGGAACUGGCGAUAAGUAGAAACUUUGCAAUGACUUUGAUUGUCGGUGACUUUUUUUCCUGAAAAGUUCUAUAGAACAGUUAAAUAUGAAGAACGUGUGAAUGAAAGUUAAAUGACUAUGUUGGACAUAUUAAAUAAAAUAAAUAGAGUAUUUCA